UAAGAGUCCAUCCUCUGAGCUUCCCCCAGCUCUUGAUUAUGGCUCCAAACAGACCACGAGAUAAUGACCUACAGGGCCCUCAUCUGAUGCAUCUCUGGGUCUCUCCUGCUCUGCGCUUCUGGGCCCCAUCUCGCCAUUCCUAGUCAUUACGAGCCCGGGGUGUCCCUGUGACGAGGCAGCGCGGAGCCGCCGCGGGCCGGGCCCAUCCCGCCGCAGCGGCUCCGGGGCCGAGCAGGGGCGAGGCGCGGAGGGAGCUGCACGAACGGAUCCCGGAGCACGGCCAGAAUGGUGCUGGAAGGAAAUCCUGAAGUGGGGUCCUCCCGAACCUCAGACCUCCAGCGCCCUGGGAACCAGGGCUCUUGCGUCCUUUCUUCUCCUGGUGAAGAUGGGCAGCCAGGCGAGGAACCCAUCAAGUAUGGUGAACUCAUCGUCCUGGGAUGCUGUGAGGAAGGAGGUGAGGAAACCGAGGCUCAGAGAGGGGAAGUGACUGGUCCGAGGGCACACAGCUGCUACAACGGAUGUCUGUCCAGUGGGGACAAGGGCCGCCGGCGAAGCCGCCUGGCACUGAGUCGCCGGCCACAUGCCAACGGAGUGAAGCCAGACGUCAUGCACCAUAUCUCCACACCGCUCGUCUCCAAGGCUCUGAGUAACCGGGGCCAGCACAGCAUCUCGUACACACUGUCCCGGAGCCACUCGGUCAUAGUUGAGUACACACAUGACAGUGACACAGACAUGUUCCAGAUUGGCCGCUCCACGGAGAACAUGAUUGACUUUGUGGUGACAGACACGUCCCCUGGAGGAGGGGCAGCUGAGGGCCCCUCUGCCCAGAGCACCAUCUCCCGCUAUGCCUGCCGCAUCCUCUGUGACCGCCGGCCGCCCUACACUGCCCGCAUCUAUGCCGCUGGCUUCGAUGCCUCCAGCAACAUCUUCCUUGGAGAGCGGGCAGCCAAAUGGCGGACCCCCGACGGCCUAAUGGACGGCUUAACCACCAAUGGGGUCCUGGUGAUGCACCCUGCGGGCGGCUUCUCUGAGGACUCGGCCCCUGGCAUCUGGCGAGAGAUCUCCGUCUGCGGGAACGUCUACACUCUGAGGGACAGCCGCUCGGCACAGCAGCGGGGGAAGCUGGUGGAGAGCGAGUCCAACGUGCUGCAGGAUGGCUCCCUCAUCGACCUGUGUGGGGCCACACUGCUGUGGCGCACGCCGGCGGGGCUGCUGCGGGCACCCACGCUGAAGCAGCUGGAGGCCCAGCGGCAGGAGGCGAACGCAGCGAGGCCCCAGUGCCCCGUGGGCCUCAGCACUCUAGCCUUCCCCAGUCCGGCCCGUGGCCGCACGGCCCCCGACAAACAGCAGCCCUGGGUCUACGUUCGUUGCGGCCAUGUCCACGGCUACCAUGGCUGGGGCUGUCGGCGAGAGCGGGGCCCCCAGGAGCGCGAGUGUCCUCUCUGCCGUCUUGUGGGGCCCUAUGUGCCCCUGUGGCUGGGCCAGGAGGCCGGCCUCUGCCUGGACCCUGGGCCUCCCAGCCAUGCCUUUGCACCCUGCGGCCACGUCUGCUCUGAGAAGACUGCCCGCUACUGGGCCCAGACACCGCUGCCCCAUGGCACCCAUGCUUUCCACGCUGCCUGCCCAUUUUGUGGGGCCUGGCUCACUGGUGAGCACGGCUGUGUCCGCCUCAUUUUCCAGGGGCCACUGGACUAAGUGCCCCAGGGUCCCCUGCUGCUGCGCCUGCCUGCCCACUCGGAUUCUCCACCUCCUGCAGCCUCGAGGGGGCUCUGCAUGCGGGACUCCACCACCAGAUGGACGCAUUGGAUGGUCUGAGCGCCUCCCCUUUUAACUCUGGCCCCCAAAGGUGUCCCUGAGACGGCUACCCCAGUCAGAAUGAUGGGGUCCUCAGCUCCAGCUCUGCCCUGGCCUGCCAGAGGGAAGCCCGCCCCUGCGCUCUGGCCUUUCCCGGGGUGUCUCAUCAUGCCGCUGACACUGUGCCCCUGGGGGAGUGAAGGAGCCCCGGGCCCCUGACCCUCAGUUUAGGCUGGCUGUGCCCUGAGCCUGCUAACCCGGUUUCAGAUAUUCACCCUGCUGCUGCCCUGGGGUUCUCGAUAAACCUUGCUGCUCAGCUGCCCUCACCAACCCGAGUCCCGCAUGUGUGCAAGUAUGCAGUGCCUCCAGCCCCUGAGUCAGUCACAGGUGGGCGGCAGGCUGGGACUGGCAUCUGUGGAUACUCACCGUGCGCUGGACUCCAUGCCAAGUGGGUUCUGGGGACACGGAGACAAACUGCCUGGAAGAAUUCAAAGACUAGUGGACGACAGAUCGAAUUACCGAAUGACAGCAUGGCUUCCUGUGUGCCAGGAUCAAGGGAAUUGCCAGGGGCUGUGGUGCAGGUCUCCCUGGCAGGAGGGAAAGUGAGGAAGGGUUCAUGGGGGGGAGGCGGCUCGGCUUCAGUGAACUCCCCCACAGGAAGGGGCAGGUGCUGUAGGCAGAAGGGAGAGGAGGAACACAGACUCGUGGUAGUAAGCAGGGAACUGAGUGGGGUUCCAAGUGGCUGGAGCAGGGGCUGCAGGAGGGCAGGAAGGAGGCUGGAGCAAGAGGCAGGGGCUGUGCUGGCAGAGAAGGUACUGGAUGGAGGAUUUGGAACCUCAUUUUGGACAGUCAGGAGCCCAGGGAAGAGAGAGGAAUUGCAGUUCCAGAACGCUGGCUGUGUUACAAGGGCUACCAUUCCUGAAUGCCCACUUUGUGCCCCACACUGUGCUAAUGAUAAUAAUAACUAUGUUCAUUGAGCGCCCACUAGACACUGGGCUGUGCUUCUCAGAGGUUUGGUUAUCUAAUCCUCAUAGGGACCCAGGGAGGGAGGUGUUACCAUUUCUGUUGAUGGGGAGAUUCAGGCACAUGCUCCAGGUCCCACUGCUAGAAAUUGGCCAAGGCAGAUUUGCAUCCACGGCUGCCUGCUGGCCUCAGAAUCUGCCCUCUUCUCCAUUGCACUGUCCUGCUUUCCUUGGCGUUGGCCCGGUGGGUUUUGGUUGCCAUGGAGGCCAAGGCUGACCUGGCUCCCUAUUCAUCUUGGCAGAGUGUCACCACUCCCUGAGAAUCCAGGGUGCUGCUCAGUUUGCCCCCAGACCAUUCCCAGGGGGAGUGAGCUCGGAAGACAGGAGUUUUGGGAACAUAAAAAUGAGAAGAGCCUCUGAAUACAAGCCUGACCUGAGCAUCAUCCCCAGUGGAAGAUGACGGCCUCAGGGAGUACAGGUUCCCAGGGGAGGGGCGUGCUCCAGGACACAGGCCUGGGGCUAUUGAGAGGACAGAGGUACUUGAGGGGUGAGAGAGGGAUGCGAUCAGUCUCGGUUCCAGAGCAUCGCACUGCCACUAUGGGGGAG